GAGGCUUGUGUCCGGCGGGGGAACGAGUGUCCAACCCCCGGGCCCGGGGCUAAGGCCGGAGAGCGGACCCCACGGGGUGGGGGGCGGGGCGCGGGCGAUCCCGGGGGCAGCGCCGCCACUCCGCGCUCCCGCUCCCGGUGGCCGGACGUGGCACCUCCCCCGCGGCGGCCGGAGCCUGGAGGUGGGGUCGGGAGCCGGAGCCCGGGGCUCUGAUGUCACCGCGCGGCCGCCGGCGCCCAGGAGCGCGUCUCGGGCUGGAGUUCAGGAAAGGCCCCGAAAUGUGCCGGCCCGCGGCCAUCGGCUCUCCCGGCAUCCCCGGGGUCCCGCUAUCGCGCCACACCGCGUGACUCUGCCGCCCCCUGCGGUCGCCAGGCUUGCGCCUCUCUCCCGCCUCGACUCUCCAGAGCUCGAAGCCCCAGGAUCCACGGAGCUGGUCUAAGCACUCACCUGUGAUCCAUGGAGGCCCUGGGGCCUGGGGGCGACCGCGCCUCCCCAGCCUCGUCCACUCGCAGCCUGGACCUGCGGCGGCUGUCCGCGCGCGCCGACUCGGCCUACAGCUCUUUCUCCGCGGCCUCCGGCGCUCCAGAGCCGCGCACGCCAUCGCCUGGAACUGACCUCCUCCCUUAUCUAGACUGGGACUACGUGCGCGUGGUGUGGGGUGGCCCAGCCUCCGCCGCGCCCGCCGCCGGCCUUCGGGCGUCCCCGCAGCCCCGGCCCGCGGCCGCCGCGCGCAGUGGGCUGCGGCUCCCAGAGGUCCAGGGAACGUCGGGGCCGCUCAGCCGGCAGGCCACCCCGCUGCUGUUUGCUCUGGCGGCCGAGGCGGAGGCGGAGGCGCGGGCCGUCGAGCCGCCCAGCCCACCGGCCUCGCGGGCUGCCUACCGCCAGCGGCUGCAGGGCGCGCAACGGCGGGUGCUCCGGGAGACGUCCUUCCAGCGCAAGGAGCUCCGCAUGAGCCUGCCCGCCCGCCUGCGGCCGGCUGCACCCGCGCGGCCCCCCGCGGCGCACCCGCGCUCCGCCUCGCUCAGCCAUCCGGGCGGGGAAGUGGAGCCGGGGCGCUCUGGGGCUCCCGCGCGGGGACCAGUCGGCCGGGGGCGCCUAGCCACCCAGCAGCGGAAGUGGUGCUUCUCUGAGCCAGGGAAGCUGGAUCGCGUGGGUCGAGGCGGUGGAUCUGUGGGGGGAUGUUCGAGUGACGCCUGCUCCAGCUCUGGCUUUGCCGGGCCCGAGCCCCAGGAGCGCAGGGUGCUGGCAGGGUUGGAAGAUCACCAGAUCAGAUGGCUGCCUGAGACGCAGCCUCGAGGCACAGAGGAUCCAGAACCGCGGUCCCUGAAGUUCGGUGACGCCCAUAGGCCUUCCAGACGGAGUCGGAGCGCUUCAGGCGAAGUCUUGGCUCACUGGGGAGGUUCAGGAGGGGUCACGCCCAUUGUUCAGGUGUGGAAGAUAGGCUGCAGGGUUGGGGUAGGGGACAUCUGGGAAAAUGAAAACUUGAGCUACAUUUCAAGCAACUGUUUGCCUUUCCAGGUUGCUCCCCAAGGAGCAGAAACCCCCAGACUGUUGUUUCAGACCAAACUUUCCAGGUUCCUGACUCAGAAGGAAGCUGCAGUGUUGUGUUCUGCCGAGUGCCUCCAGAGCAGUCCUGCAGACCGUGAACAGAGGGUCUCAGAGACAUGCCUUGGGUCUACCCGACUCCCUUCCCUUCCUGAUGAUGAGGUUUUCCUGGAAGACGUCCCCUUGGUCAGAAUGAGAUCACCUCCAGACACCCAUGCGCCCACAGGAAACCCAACCAGUGUCCAUGUCUCUGACCAGCAGUAUGAAACCGGCUUGGGCCAGGGGGUUGACCAAGCUGGAGUCCCCCCAGAGCACCCCCUCCAUGAGCACCCAGAGACUGCAGGGGCAGAUGACAGCUGGUGGAGGAUAAAUGGUUCUGUGAGCAUUUCCAGGACUACAUGCUGUAGCCCCCCUGGGACUGCAAAUGGUGACAUUCCAACCUUCAACCCCACUGGACUGCUGACCAUUGACCCACUUGCAGCUACAGACCCCCUCAAACCUCUUCCAGUUGAUGUCCUGGAACCUCCAGGCAACAGUACCCCAGGUGCUCCUGUCCGUACUGCCCUAGCUUGGGGCACUGGCCAGCCUGUUUCCAGGCCAACAUGGCGCAGUCUGCGCCUUGAGGAGCUGGUUCAGGAGCUGGCCAGACUGGAUCCCUCUAUGAGUGACACACUCACUUCCUGUCCCAGUCCAGAGCCACCCCUGGGUCUGCUAGAUGGGCUGAUUCCUUUAGCUGAGGUCUGGGCUGCGAUGAGGCCAGCCGGUGAGGAGGCUGGAAAGGACGCUGCUGGUACUCCUGAGCCAGGCCAGCUCAGGCCAACUUCUCAGGAGAUGAGGUCUGAAAACCAUACCACCCACCCUGUGCCUGACCAACCCUGUGGUCAGGGUCUCCCUGAUCCAAACAGCAUCGAAGCCAAGAAAAUGGAGCUAGCCAAUCUCCUCCAAAAGAUGCUGCGGGACCUUCAGGCAGAACAGGAGCGGCUGCACCGGGUGGCCCAGGAUUGGGCCAGGCGCGGGGCUGCUCUGGAGGCGGUGGUGGGCCAGACCUGUGCACCCCGCGACCUAGAGCGGUUCAGCAGGUUCAUGGCCGACCUAGAGCGCGUGCUUGGCCUGCUGCUGCUGCUGGGCAGUCGCCUGGCCCGCGUGCGCCGCGCCCUGGCCCGGGAGGGCGCAGACGGCGACCCAGACGAGCAGGCCUCUCUGCUGCAGCGACUCGGUCUCCUGAAACGGCAGCAGGAAGACGCCAAGGAGCUGAAGGAGCACGUGGCGCGGCGCGAGCGGGCCCUGCGGGAGGUGCUGGUGAAGGCCCUGCCCGCGGAGGAGCUGCGCGCCUAUCGCGCCUUGCUGGCGGGCAAGGCCGCCGUUCUGGCCCAGCAGCGCAGCCUAGACGAGCGGGUCCGGCUCCUUCAGGACCAACUGGACGCCGUCAGGAGCGACCUUGGCCGUCGUCCCCUGCCUCCCAGGAUGACCUUGCCCCCAGAGACCCGUUCUCCAGAUAAACCGUCUUUCCCUCUGCCCCUCAUCUAAUUACAGGCAGUGGGGGUGGGGAGCAUUUCUCUGCGCCUCACCGACGUAACUGGGGGUGACGCUUGUUUACUCGGUGCUUUUCCCUUGGGGCGGGGAAGACCCUGACGGGUCUUCCCAGAAUUCUUCUAAGUGUUUUCAUGUGGUCUUACCCAAGUCUUGUGGAUUAUUUGGUAAUUAAUUUAUGGAUUUUUACAACUGCAGUAUUUCCCCUUUUUGUGAUGAGAGACUCAGUCCAGGCUGGUUGGAGGGAGAGGAGACAAAUUAGAGGAGCAUUUAAAUUUAAGAUGAAAAACGGUCUUUUUACUUGUCUUUUCUUUCUUUCUCUUAAUAAUAAUUGAUGUGAGAAAUGUGUGUCACCUGGAGGGAUCUUGUUUACAGACCAUGGACACCAGCCUUGCCUGAGUAGAGCAAAAGAGGGAUUUGUUGGAGGGCAUCAGUCAGGUGUGGGAAUCCCUAGGAAGACUAUACAGGCUUGAAACCGGUCGUGACCAAGGGAAUGCUGGGCCCUCAACUCAGUUGCCACCAGUAAUCCUUCCCAGUUCUGGUGACUGCGUCACGACCACAAAAGCCUAGGCCUGAUUGGCCGAAUCCAGGUCUCUUUUGCUGGGUUUUACCUCAAGUUGAAGGUGAGGCAUGAGGGCCCUGGAAACCUAGAAUGUGGGGGCUGAGGACCUGGAGAGGCAGCUGAGCUUGUAUGCUAGAGAGGCUGGGGUGGGGGUGCCUUGGGGUUGGGAGUGGGAGAAAGGUGCUGGUGUGGAACGAAACAGAGGACACAUACUCCCCUCUAUUUGCGCAUCAGCCCUGUGUACACAGAAUCAAUGUUAAGUUCUCAAAUAUACAUGUGAGAAUGUGCUUUAGUAUUUGCAGCUGCAAACGCCAGGGCUGAGAACAUAGUUCAUGCAAAUGUUCGGUGUAUUUUUGGAAGCUGGGCACACUAAAAGGCAUGUGUAUGUGUAUUUAAAGCCAACUGACCCCAAAGUGAGAAAUCUCUGCUUCUGGGCUUGUUUUCUGAUGCAUAUUGUCACUAAGUGCAACUGGUUGGGAAUUUUAAAUGGUCGUAUUCAUAACAAAGCAUUAGUUAUAACAGUCGGGCUAUUGAGCAUAGAACAAUGCUAACAUUGUGCCUUUUUAUAAAAAACAUAUGGGGCUCCUGCUGAGGCAGUUGUGGGUUCUAACAUUAUGCUUUGCUUCUCUCCUUUGAACACUGUGGGCGGGGCCUCCGCUCCAAAGUCCUCUGCCUAGCAGGGCAGCUCGCUUUGAAAUAGUCUGGAUGAAAUCUACUUAUUUCUGCCUCUUGGCCGGUAGAGUCCCCACUGCAUUCUCCCAUUGUGAUACUCUUAGAAAAACACUUAACAGUCAUCAGGCCAACGGAAAUUGUGUACUUCAGACAAAGCACUUCCAGCCCGGGAUGGGCUUGAGGAGCAGUGCCUGUCAUUGUUCCGUUUAACUGCACUUUGGUUCUGUCUGGGGUUUUCCACGGAGAGUUAUGAGGCUCCUGUGCUUGUCUUUACCAGAUGGAGAGUACGGCCACACCUCCUGCACCCAUCUUUCCGUUUUGCCUCUGUCUUCUUCUUUCUCCCUUUUAUGCCCCUUCCACACCGUUAUUCCCUCAAGGUGCAAGAAGGUGCACUAUACAUGUUCAGCACUGGCACCACAGGCUAAGACUUUUAGCGGUGCUGUGUGAGCGGGCGCCAGAAGGCCGGUGAAUUCGACCCGCCGGGGCGCUGCCAGCAGAGGGCACUGUUCUCUUUGUGAUGAAAGCUACCUGUAUUUCAUAACGCCUCGUCUACAGCUAGGAGGGCUUCUGGGCUAACCACAGGGGCUUUGCCUUCCCUGCUGAGCAGUGCUCGUUAGGCCUGACGGCUGGAUCUGAGCCUUUUUGCUUCUGUCGGAAAGGAAUUCUGGCCAGCCACUGGGCCUUCGUUGGAAAGUUGUUGGUUAAUGAGAAGUGGGGAGCAGGGAAGCCGGGGGUGUUGAUAUCGAGUUAUCAGUAUCAAAAAGAGCCUUACUUAGUCCCCCAGGGUGGAAAAGAGGGUUUCAUGGGUCUCUUUUGGGGGUUCUGCCUCUGUGUCUUUU